AUGGCGCCUCCAAAGCCAAAGCAGGUGGUGCCACUGCAGGCGUACAAUCGCCACAUCAUCAGUGAGCAUCUGAAGGACAGGCAUCCCUAUUUGGAGGAUAUCCGUGGACACCUGAAGGUCGAUGAGGUGAGCACCGCCCAAGGGGAACGCCUGUUCCCUCGAUUGGUGGAGCUGCUGUCGAUGCCAAGCAUCGCGGCUGAGAAGCUCGUCGAGGCGUUGCACACGAUUUGCGACCUGUGCUCUCACCAGGAGAGUAAGACGGUCGCAAUUUCUUCAGAUGUCAUUGCGGCAGCAACCCAUUUGCUGAUGCACGACUCUGUGCCCGUGCGGCGAGCGGCUGCACGAGUGAUCAGCAGCAUGGCGUUGCUGAUUGGUGGCCGGAGUCUCUUGCCCAUCGGCAGCGGACCUCUGGGAGAGAGGUUGGUGGAACAGUCAGGUCCAGCCCUUCCCAGGUUGGCAAAGCUUCUACUGAGCUGUGACGAUGAACUGGUGAAGCUGCAUGUGGCUGAAGCCUUUCAGGCCAUUACCAUCUUCCGUGAUGGCUGCCAGCAGGUCGUUGACCAGGGUUCCGUCUUGGGCAUCACGCAGUAUAUGUGUGGCACGCUGCCGGAUCUACCAUCCACGCGACCCCUGGCCCUUUGCCUCCUGCGACUACUACAGACCAUGGCAGCAGUGACCAUGUAUGCCAAAGAUGGCAUGCGAGACAUCUUUAGCACUGGUUUUGGCCUCAUCGGAAAGGUGGUGAAAUUCCUCGGAUGCAACUGCGUCUCCAAGCUUCCACCAGCAAUGCACCCUGUGCAAAAGGGAACGGCCACGUUCCACGAGAGCCAGUUUGGCUAG